AUGGACUACGCACUGGAGCUGUUUUAUCGUGAAUCGUGGCGUGAUGAGCGACUCAAAUAUAACCGAACACACUUCAAGAAUAAAACCGAAAUCGCUCUGCAUGAAAGCUAUACGAAUUUUCUUUGGCAUCCGGAUACGUUCAUGCCGAAUGCGAUCGCGUCAAAGAAUCCUCAGAAGCAGUCCAUUUCACACCGUUCGCUGCUCAGGUUUCACUCCUAA